UAUCUACAGAAUAUUGGACGCACAGAUCCAGGAUCCCUGACUUUAUCACUUUGAGUCAAGGAUUUAUUUGAUAUCCUCCUCCAUCUUUUCUUCAUGUCAACUAAAAUAAUUUUUUGAAAGAAUUAAAUUUUCCAUAGGAGAAUUAAAAAACAAACAAACAAUACUACCUGCACUUUCCAAUGCCUAAGAACAGCAAGGUGGUAAAAAGAGAAUUAGACGAUGAGGUUAUUGAAUCUGUCAAAGACCUUCUUUCCAAUGAAGACUCAGCUGAUGAUGCUUUUAAGAAAAGUGAACUAAUUGUUGAUGUCCAAGAAGAGAAAGAUACAGAUGCUGAAGAAGGAUCUGAGGUCGAAGAUGAAAGACCAGCUUGGAAAAAUAAGAUGCAAUACAUUCUGGCCCAAGUUGGAUUUUCUGUAGGUUUGGGGAAUGUGUGGCGAUUCCCAUACACAUGUCAGAAGAAUGGGGGUGGUGCAUAUCUUUUGUUAUAUUUAAUACUGCUUCUGGUAAUAGGUAUUCCCCUUUUUUUCCUGGAACUUUCUUUGGGCCAAAGAUUUCGACAAGGAAGCAUUGGUGUAUGGAAUUACAUAAGCCCUAAACUGGGUGGGAUUGGAUUUGCAAGUUGUGUAGUGUCCUUUUUGGUGGCUCUCUACUACAAUGUCAUCAUUGGCUGGAGUUUGUUUUAUUUUUCUCAGUCUUUUCAACAGCCUCUACCUUGGGAUCAGUGUCCGUUGGUGAAAAAUGCUUCAUACACUUUUGUAGAGCCAGAAUGUGAAAAAAGUUCUGCCACCACAUAUUACUGGUACAGAGAAGCACUGAAUAUUUCCAGUUCCAUUUCUGAGAAUGGGGGCUUAAACUGGAAGAUGACCGUCUGCUUGUUGGCUGCCUGGGUCAUGGUUUGCUUGGCUAUGUUCAAAGGCAUUCAGUCUUCUGGAAAAAUUAUGUAUUUUAGUUCUCUGUUUCCAUAUAUGGUACUUAUAUGUUUCCUAAUUAGAGCAUUCCUUCUAGAUGGUUCAAUUGAUGGCAUCCACCACAUGUUUACCCCUAAGCUUGAAAUAAUGCUGGAGCCCAAGAUCUGGAGAGAAGCUGCUACUCAGGUGUUCUUUGCCUUAAGUCUGGGAUUCGGUGGUGUCAUUGCCUUUUCAAGCUUCAACAAGAGAGACAACAACUGCCACUUUGAUGCUGUCCUGGUGUGCUUCGUCAAUUUUUUUACCUCUAUCCUGGCAACAUUGGUGGUGUUUGCAGUUCUGGGCUUCAAAGCAAAUGUCGUAAAUGAGAAAUGCAUUGCAGAAAAUUCGAAAAUGAUCGUAACAUUUUUGAAAAUGGGCAACAUUAGUCAGGAUAUUAUUCCCCAUCACAUCAACUUUUCAGCUGUUACUGCAGAAGAUUAUCAUUUAGUUUAUGACAUCAUUCAAAAAGUGAAAGAAGAAGAGUUUCCUGCUCUUCAUCUCAAUUCCUGUCAAAUUGAAGAUGAGCUAAAUAAAGCUGUUCAAGGAACUGGCUUAGCUUUUAUUGCCUUUACAGAAGCGAUGACACAUUUCCCUGCAUCUCCCUUCUGGUCAGUGAUGUUCUUCCUCAUGCUAGUGAAUCUAGGGCUGGGCAGCAUGUUUGGAAACAUUGAAGGGAUCAUCACGCCUAUUGUGGACACUUUCAAAGUGAGGAAAGAAAUUUUUACUGUUAUCUAUUGUCUUGUAGCAUUUUGUAUUGGCCUGAUAUUUGUGCAACGCUCUGGAAAUUACUUUGUUACAAUGUUUGAUGAUUAUUCUGCUUCAUUGCCUCUACUAAUUGUAGUCAUUUUGGAGAAUAUUGCUGUAUCCUUUGUCUAUGGCAUAGAUAAGUUUAUGGAAGACCUGAGAGAUAUGCUGGGCUUUGCUCCCAACAGAUAUUACUACUAUAUGUGGAAAUAUAUGUCUCCUCUAAUGCUAUUAUCACUGCUAAUAUCUAGUGUUGUGAAUAUGGGAUUAAGUCCUCCUGGCUAUAAUGCAUGGAUUGAAGAUAAGGCAUCUGAGGAAUUUUUGAGCUAUCCAACAUGGGGAAUGGUUGUCUGUUUCUCUCUUGUGGUCCUAGCAAUACUCCCCAUCCCAGUUGUCUUCAUCAUUCGACGCUGCAACCUUAUAGACGAUAGCUCUGGUAAUUUAGCCUCUGUGACAUAUAAAAGAGGAAGGGUCCUGAAGGAGCCUGUAAACUUAGAGGGAGAUGAUGCAAGCCUCAUUCAUGGAAAGAUAUCAAGCGAGAUGUCAUCUCCAAAUUUUGGUAAAAAUAUUUAUCGGAAACAGAGUGGAUCACCAAGUCUGGAUACUGCUCCCAACGGACGAUAUGGAAUAGGGUAUUUGAUGGCAGAUAUGCCAGAUAUGCCAGAUAUGCCAGAAUCUGACUUGUAGCUGGGGAAAAAAUCAGUGGGCUUUAUUUGGUUCAUUUUUAUCAAUGAACAUUAGCUCAAUAAAGAGAAAGAGAAGCAAUAAGCUUCACUUAUCAGAGGGCGAUCUCAGGUUAUCCAUGGCUGUGAUCUUUAACCCUAACAGUAUAUGUAAAUUAAGCUAGAGUAUUCCUUUGGAUUCUUUGGUUUACAUUUGCACAGAAAGAGUUUCAGACAAAGCCUACAAUGACUGAGGUUCAUGUUCAUCAGAAUUUUUGAAAACCCUUUCGGUGUUUUCUCAAGUAUUUCUAUCUCCAAAAAAUCAGGUGUUACCUCAGUUUCUAAUAAUUUCUGGAUGUAAUGGUAUUGGCAAUUCAAAAUGGUGUACUUCAAAAUGUGUAAGUUUGCCUUCAGGGUGACUCCCAAUAUUAAAAUGUUCAGUUGUAUAAACUGGUGCCUCUCAGCACAUUUCCAUGAUUAUAUUGUGUAGAUAGACUACUUAUUUUGGUAGUACUGAUAUCUUCUUAGGCAAUUAGUUGAAGAAGACUGCAAAAUAUUUUCUUAUGUAAAAGCUGUAUAGAGCAAUAGUAUCAAAGAAUAAAAAGACAUUAAUGUUGAGAUGAAAAGUUAGAUUCAGAGGUGACUGGGGAUCAUGUGUGUAAUGGCUGAUGCUUUGUGUAAAAUACAUGUGUGAAAACAAUCUAGGAAUGAGUCACUCAGCACUCUCAAGAAUUAUGCAGGUUCUGCAUUUUUCUAUGCCGUGUGCCUAAAAAUCUACUUGAUAUUUAUUGUGGAUUCAAGAUUACUCAUAGUAUAUUUAUAUAAUAUACUUACAAUGUAUAUAGGUGUAUAUUAGUACUCUAACUAUUGAUAUGAAAACUCGAAACAAGGUGGUAUUUUACUUCAUAUCUUUCUGUUUUGCUUCUGUUUUAUGCAAAUAUAAAUCCUUUUUUAAGUGAUCAUUAAAAUUGUAUGGUAUAACAUUUUAAACUACAAAUAAAGUAUAAAAAUUAUAUUUGCUUUCCACAUUGAUUUUUCUUGUAUCACCUGAACUGUAGUAUCUUGCAUUUCAGUCAGCACUUAGGCAUGUCAUAAUAAUUAAACAUCACAUUCCAAGUGGAAUUAAUAGAUUAAUUAACUGAGUUACCACCACUUUAGAGACAAAGGCAACAUAGAGUAUUAUGGUUAAAUGUUGUUUAAUGUAGUCUCAUGAUUCUUGAAAUAAUCUCCCAGGAAACCAUGUGUACAGUUGACAGUUUGCUGGGUCAGUAUUGUCUCUGAAGUAUAAAAAUUAUGAUUUUUAUGAAACUGUUGUAUAUACAAAAUUGGAUGAAGCAGUAGAACUCUUCUGAGUGCCAUCUCAUUAAAAGACUUUCAUUUAUAACUGUUCUAUCACUAUAUAAGUUACAUUUUUUAAAUGUAUAGUUUUAAAAAUAAUGAUAAAUAAAAGCAACAAAAUAGGAGAGGUAGAAGGUACACAGUAUCUAUUGAUUUAUUUUGGCCAAAUAUUCUUGGUCCGCUGUAGACCUAUAUUAACAGACUGCAUCACAGCAUUUAAAAUAUAAUUCCACAAGUGACUAAAACUUUUAGUUUUCUGUUUUUACAUAUUUACCAAUAUAUUUUGUAUCACUUUAAAAACUUU